AAAAGUUCCACAGAGUUCAGUAGUUGCAUUUGCUGUUGUGUAACACGGUCAGAAACGAGCUGCUGCAUCCUUCAUGUCUCCUCCUCCUCGCCUGCUUUUUCCCUCACUCCAGCUGAGCCUCUUGGGAGGUAAUCCUCACCCAGGGGUGGACUCCCCCUCUCUCUCGCUCUCUCUCCCUCUCCUCCCUCCAUUCCCCCCUCGCUGGAGCUCCGGUCAGAGCUCCACUCCCCGCUGCGCUGCUCCCAUGGCGGACUCCCCGCUCAACAACUCCUGGCCGUCCUUCUCCAGGCUGUGGAUGAGGAGAUGGUCCUUCAAGAGAGCCUCGGAGUGUAAGCCAUGCAGCCGGCCCUGUGGGCCUCCCAGCGCCCGGCCCAGCCUCCAGCCCUGUGCUCCCAGUGGAAGAGGCUCGUCCUCCUCGCCGUCUCCCGCCUCCAUCGCUGAGGACGUCUUCUUCGGUGGUGCCAACGACGACCAGGACACCUGCUCCACAGUGAGUGACUACGACUGCCCCGUGGAGCUGAGCAGCAGCGUGGAGGACCUGCCGGGCCUCAGCCCCUCUCUCAGAGACUCCGAGUACUUCAAAGACCUGGAGGGAGGGAUCCCCGCGUCGCCGUCUCCUGCAUCCACGCUGAGCGCCGUUCCAGAGAGUUCCCCAGCGCUCGGCCCACAGUUGCCUCCACGGACCCCUGUGACCUCGCCGGCCCCUCAUGCUGACGUGCGGCCGCAUCGCUAUUUGCAGCCUGCAGAGGAAGCCUGUCGCAACUUUGUGGUCACUCAGCUCUGUCCCAAGUCACUGCCGGCCUGUAUCAUCGAUAGCGGUGACUCAUCAGACCGCGCACUCGGGCUCAGCUUGACAAUUCAUAUAAAUGGACUGCUGGGCUCAAUGGAGACGGCAACGAAAGCACCAGAGUCCGAGGAAGCGAACCAGCAGACCGCCAUGGAUUUGGACGGAGACAUGGACCAGGACAGCUUUCCCAUCCUGGUCAGAUCCAUGUCGACCUCCCGCAGGCACAGCUGGGGGGUGCCUGUGUCCCCCAUCAACCUGGGCCGAAGGCUGAGCUUGGACACCACGGCCAUGGACAGCGAUGGGGAGCGGGAGGACGACAACGAGGCGCUGAACAACCUCUUCCUGUCCCUCGAGAAAGACACAGCCUGCCCCGGCGAGGAGCCGGACGCGCCCCGGCUCAGGCUGCCGCCGCCCCGCGCCCGGGUCACCAGCAUGGCCGGCGGCGCUCCGGGCAAACAUCUGUAUUCCCGCUCGGACAUCCUCGCCACGGACGCGUGCUCCCGCGCCGCUCACGUCUCCCGCGUGGUGCAGACGUCCAAACGGGCCGCGAGGGCGGCGGGAGCGGAGGAGUUCGACCCCGAGGAAAACCUCCACUCCACCGAAGGCCAGAGUCACAUGCUGAUGGUACAGAAAGUCCUGCAGGAGCUAAAGCUGUACCAUGGAGCGAAGCAGAGGAACACCACACCAGAAGCCAAAGAUUCAGGAAACGUCACCUGGUACGAGUUCCUCUCUAACGAGAAUGAUGAAGAGGAGGAUCGCUCAGAGAAAGUGGAGAAAGGCACCAAGGUGAAGAGGACUCUCAGCUCCCUGAGGAACAGGAUGACCGGCUCCAUCAAUAAAGACAAGGGUAAGAACCGAGAAAAAGAUCAGCAGAGAGAGAAGUGGAAGGAGAAAACGAAAGUGAUCAGGAGAGGCAGCGGCGGCGGCGGCAGCAGCAGCAACGGCCACUGUCUCACACCGUGUGCCUUUUCCAGCUGUGCCACCUGUUCACUGUGCAGCAAGACCCUGCAGAAAAAGCAUAGCCUGCAGUGCAUGAAUUGUGCUGUGAACGUUCAUAAGAGCUGCAAGUCUCUGCUGGGUGAGUGCACCAGCAACAAGAAUAAGAGAGAUUCUUUCCCAAGAGGCAGCUCAUCUAGUUCACCUAAUCUUGCACCAAAAGUACGGGACAGUGAGCAUCAUCAGUCAGGCCCAGGCCUGGAUGGCCACCCAGGUUUUCUCAGCACCCCAGGCAUGACCAUUAGUCAGGGGGCUCUGCCGACUGCUACACAUCCUUCCAACACCACCUCUGCCCCUGGCUCCAGUGGCUCUACCACCCGAUACCACAGCAGCUCAGCAUCCCUUCCUGGGGAGAUGGAUGAGACCGAUGCUCUCCGCUUCAAACGCUGCAAUGAAGACGCAAUCUCCCUCGCUCCCUCCACCACAGACACAAUCUUUGUAGAAGAUGCUCACUACGCAGCAGUGAGAGCUGAUCUAGAGUCUGAUGCACAGGACCUGGAAGCAGAGUCAUGGAGUUUAGCAGCCGAUCAGCAGUAUGUUAAGAAGCACCCAAAGGAAAUGGUGAAAAGGCAGGAUGUGAUAUAUGAGCUGAUGCAAACCGAGAUGCAUCAUGUGCGAACACUGAAGAUAAUGCUGAAUGUGUACGUCCGGGAGUUGAAGGAGAACCUCCAGAUGGACCCAAGCAGGCUGGACUGCCUGUUUCCUCGCUUGGAAAGCCUUCUUGAGCUUCACACCCAUUUCUUGUCUCGCCUUAAAGAGCGGCGACAAGAAAGCCUUGUCUCACCCAAUGACAGGAAUUAUACCAUUAACAGAGUGGCAGACAUUCUUAUUGCACAGUUCUCAGGUGAACUAGGAGAGAGGAUGAAGGACAGCUAUGGAGACUUCUGUAGUCAUCACACUGAGGCUGUGAGCUACUACAAAGAACAGCUGCAAAACAACAAAAAGUUCCACAACAUUAUUCGGAAAAUCAAUAACCUGCCCAUUGUGCGGAGAUUAGGAGUGACUGAGUGUAUCCUGUUGGUGACUCAGCGAAUUACCAAGUAUCCAGUGUUAGUAGAGCGCCUCCUGCACAACAGUGAAGCGGGUACAGGAGAACAUGAGGAUCUGACACGAGCGCUGGCUCUGAUUAAAGACACUAUUGUUCAGGUGGAUACGCUGGUUAACCUCCACGAGAAGACCUCUCGGCUGAAAGACAUACAGAACAAGAUGGAACCAAAAUCACUGGGGAAAAUCAAAGAUGGGCGAGUGUUUCGACGCGAGGACCUGGCACCGGACAGGAGACGGUUGCUUCACGAGGGCACAGUUAAUUGGAAAGCUGCCUCUGGCAGGCUGAAAGAUAUUCUUGCAGUGUUGCUUUCUGAUGUGUUGCUCCUUCUCCAAGAGAAAGAUCAGAGAUAUGUAUUUGCCACAGUGGAUAACAAGCCGUCGGUGAUUUCGCUCCAGAAGCUGAUAGUCAGGGAAGUGGCCCAUGAGGAGAAAGCCAUGUUUCUGAUAUGCGCCUCCUCCAAUGAGCCAGAGAUGUACGAGAUCCACACAGCCUCCAAGGAAGAGCGGAACACGUGGAUGGCACACAUACGACAGGCUGUCGAGAGUUGUCCUCAUACUGAAGAGAGGCUCUUUAGUGAGGAAGAGGAGGCACGAGCUUCCAAGUUCAAAGAAUUUCAAGAACGGCUGAGCCAGAAGGAUGCUGUGAUCAUUCAGGCUCUCACCGAGAAGCUGCAGCUGUUUACAGAAAUAGCAGAGUCUGUGGGAGGUCUGGAGGACACGUCCUCUCGGUCGAGGCUGCUGCUUCGAGGCGACGGCCCAGACCUCCAGCAGGGGGAGACGCUGCUCAAGGGAGCGAUUACCGAGGUGGAAAACCUCCAGAACCUUCUGCAGUCUGGAGUGAGAGAGGAAACUCCAACCCCAAGGCUGGAAGAAGGGAAUGGGUCUGGGGUGUUGCCUCGACGAGCAGAUACGUUUGGGGGCUAUGACAGCAGCCCCACCAUCUUCAGCAAGAAUGGCAGCAUAAAGAAGAACUUCUCUGGCGAGUCCAGAAACAAAGACAGAAGCCAAAGAGCCAGCUCUGACCCCCAACUCAAGGACCUAUCUGGCAGCCACACCCUGGAUCAGACGGUUGAUGAGAGCUGUUGCUCUCCUGCCAGAUGGAACCGCAUCUGGUCCAACUCCUUUCCCGAGGCUGAGUUCUUUGACAGAGUGCUGAUGCUCUCCCAGAGGCUGUAUAGUUUGCAGGCCAUCAUAUCACAGCAGGACAGUCACAUCGAGCUGCAGCGGGCCUCUUUGACAGAGCGAGCGGGGCUACCCAGCCGGCACAGGGGCAAUGUCCUCCUGGAGCAGGAGAAGCAACGGACUCUGGCUCUGCAAAGAGAGGAGCUGGCGAAUUUCCACAAGUUACAGUCUCAACACCGGCAGGAGCAGCAGCGCUGGGAAAGGGAGCGAGAGAGACACCGUCAGCAAGUAGAGGCCACCGAGGCCCGGCUUCGACAAAGAGAGGAGGAAUGCCGGCGGCUGGAGGAGAAUCUGGCUAAAGAGAGGGACGAGCUGGAAAUUCAGAGAGAGAAGUACCAGCAGGACCUAGAAAGGCUGAGAGAGUCUACAAGAGCAGUGGAGAAGGAGAAAGAACGCCUGGAACACCAGAAGAAGAUCAAAAGGAAAACUAUUGAGGUGGCUCCUAUGUCUGGGAGCCUGAAUGGGGAACUCCUCUUGUCCUCGGGCCUCAGCAGCUCCUCCAGUGUGUCUGACCUGCCCCUGCCGCUGCCCCAGAAGCCGCUGGUGCGCUCCAGCCUGUCCGUGGCACCUGCCGACUUCUCGGAACGUCCCGAGGUGCUGCUGCGCCGCGACACGGUGGGGCCCUCCACGCUUCCUCUGAAGACCGACGUGCCCCUCCAUCUGUUCAGCACCACUAACCAGCAGCACAAGGCAGUAGGGGUGCAGCAGCAGAUCCCCACUAAACUGGCUGCCUUGAGCAGUGGCAAAGGGAAAGCGGGCAAGAGCGGCAAGGCCUCACAUCGCACCGACAGCACAGCCUCAGUAGAUAUGAAGCAGAUGCUGCCUCUGAAGCUGUCCACCCAAGACGACAGCACCGUCAAAGCCAAGCGCUCCAUCAGCCCCCACCAGCAGCUCAUGCAUCCCCCUCAGCCUCACUCCUUGCAUCACCAAGCAGAUCUACUCAGUCCUCCAGACAGCACUGGACCAGACACCCAAUCCACCUCCUCCAUCAACACCUCCCAUCACGCAAGUAUUCAGAGGCCUCCCAUGCCUCCUGCACAUUCCCAUACUCAGGCGCCUGUGCAGCCUCCCAGUAUGCCUCCGCACUCCCAGAGCACUGGGGCGCUCCACUUCCAGUCCCACGCACAGCCGCCGCUUCUCAGUCCAAACGCACAGACCCAUGUCCAGGUAAAUGCUGGACUCAGCCACAGUCAUAGCAUGCCACCACCCUACAAGGGCACCGCAGAAGACCUCAGCAAGGAGGAUGUCAUCUUCUUCUAAGCUUUGCUGUUCUCAGAUCAAGUGCUAGUAACAAGAAACAACAGUGUUUGAUGACACCAGUUACAGGCUCAUCCAUUACACCAAGCAUGAUAAUUUUAAGUUUGGCAUUCACAUUCAACUGGUAUUGAAAAAUAUCAUGACUUUUUAUUUAUAAGAAAUUCAAGUUUUCUUUCUAAACUUAAAUGGCCGAGUCUAAGAGGAAACAUUUGUGGAAACAAAUCCUCCUUGUGUGAAAAGGUUUGAAUGAAUUCUCAACAAUCCAAAGACAUUAGCUGCAAGAGCUAAAGGUAAUUUGAUACAAAGGAGCAAUGAAAGAGAAAUGGCCAGGAACAUGUCGGGAGGCUCAGCUCAGGCUGCUCAGUGAAGCAUGAAGAGCAAACGUACAGCACUGAAGCCAUGUAUUAACUGUUGUCUGCUUUUGGACCUGGAACCACAAAAAAGGCGAUUGAGCCGAGGCUCAGACAUGAUCCAGCUACUAAUGCGUGAGGUCCGUCUGCUUGAUGUUUCAUUUGCACAGUGUAAAUAUUCAUCCCUUCCAGUCUUAUGAAGGAACAUGUGCAUUCAGUGGCUGUUCUUUGGUCGAAUCGUUGUCAACAUUGUGAAAGUUGAUUGAAUGUGGUGUUGCUGUUCUCCUCCACCAUUGCUUUUGCAGACAGUGCACUGAGUCCAUUACAAUCUACCAUCAUGUUAAUACAAAAUAUAUAUGUAAUUAUUUUGCAGUAGUUGCCUCAAACAGCUAAUUAAGUCUGCCUACGUGACCCACACGUACAUAAUGGAGCGCUGUGUUGUACAUCUAUGUCUUAAUUAAUCUGAAAUGUCUUCAAUCAUAAAAUUAUUCCACUCAUUCUUUCUCCACAACUGCUUUUACCAGAACCUACACAUACAAAUCCAGUAAACUAUUAAGGGAUGUAGAGAUUUAUCGGUUGGAUCCGCUUCAGGCCGUGUUUUGAUGAUUGACGACACGACUCUCGUGUCUCGUGUACAGUUUGUCAGAGUGUUAGCGCUAGGUACGACGUGCGUCUAAAUGAAGAUGUCAGUUUGAAUUGUGGUCCUCAGGUCUCAGUGACGCUGUUUUAUUGAUCGCUGAUGGCAUUUCAUUAGCUGGGUCUUAAAUCUCUGUUCCUAACAGAAAAGCGUGUAACGGCCGCAGGAAAAAUCAAUGGUAGAGAUUUUAGUCUUUUAACUUUUAUUACAAAAGUAAUAUGAAAACAUGUCACGCGUUUGUUUUCGUUGUCUAUGACAAGCGUUUUGAUGUUGUCUUGAUCAGCUGAUCAUGAAUGUGAUUUUAAGCUAGUUUUAUGUAUAUUGUACAUAUUGUGUCACCGCUUCACCUCCUCAUCCUUUUAUUAAAACAGAUGAUGGGCAGAUACCAUGGUUCAAAGUUCAGCCGAACGUGUGUGUGUGUGUGCGCGCGCGUGCUGUACACUUGAAGUGCACAUACUUGGUUGUGUAUGUACAAUAUAGCGCCUUGCUAAACUCGUGGCAGUUUGUCUAAAUGAAUCAAAUGAAUGUGUGUGUGUGUAUUUAAUCUACUGAUCUCGUUGUAGCAUUGAAGUCGAAGUGCACUGUGCCGUCUUUCUUUCUGCGCCGCACGGUGAUGUUCAAGUCGAACAUCGGUCUAAAAGAUGAAAUCAUCUGCUCGUUUUCAGUCUGUUAAACCAAAGAGACUGGAUUUUUUUUCCCCGGGCUUGUGUGUGAAGGAGAAAUGACGCUGUGUGGUCGUCCACACAGUCAUUGCUUGUAAAAACAUCCUCCAGCGUGUGUGUCCAUAACAGAUGUGUUUACAGCACAUUGUAGACCAGCUCACAUCUUGCUCCAGGCCUAAUGCUGGGUUCUGCUGUGUGUUUCACCGCUUCACGUCCACUUCAGAUAUUUUUCCAUAUACACUCAUUAACGUGUUAUUAACAUGGAAGCCCAACAUUAAAUAAAGAGUUCCACUUACAGUGGCACAUCUUUUUUUCCAUGGCCACUGUUGCUGAAGAAACAAAGACCUCUGGGCUAUUAAUGUGCAUGUAAACACACUUUUGGUGGUUUUGAGAGGGUGGAAAGAUGAAGUGCUUUAGAUUAAGCUCUACUUACUGACUUACCUACAGUACUUAGUGUUUUCCCAGAGCUUUAAACCACUCUUCAUCAGCUGAGUCGGUGAUUAAGAGCCUAAAACUCAACAGGAGCAAGAAACCUGAAAAGUCACAUUGACAUCAGCAGCUGUGGUGAUUGUGUCAGACUCCUCCCUGAUGAAGCUUGUAUCAUCUGGUAAAAGGCAGCACAUUAACACUGACUUAGGAUUGGUUUGUGAAACUCUUAUUCCUAAGUUAUGGUCAUAACUUUGAUUUCUUUCUUUGCAUUUUGCUGUAGUGUCUCCUUAGUAUUACUCAACAAAGAAAGCUGGUGUAAGAGCACUUUAGUUGUGCUCCAGGUACGACUGUGAUGGGCCUCAGCGCUCGAAGGACGCUGCCUCUUUGUGACGUUGAAGUCUUAAAUGUUUGUUUUUGCUGGACUGAACCGUGUGUGUGUGUGUGUGUGUGUGUGUGUGUGUGUGUGUGUGUGUGUGUGUGUGUGUGUGUGUGUGUGUGUGUGUGUGUGUGUGUGUGUGUGUGUGUGUGUGUGUGUGUGUGUGUGUGUGUGUGUGUGUGUGUGUGUGUGUGUGUGUGUGUGUGUGUGUGUGUGUGUGUGUGUGUGUGUGUGUGUGUGUGUGUGUGUGUGUGUGUGUGUGUGCGCGCGCGCGCGCGCGCGCGCACUCCCACCAAAACAUGCAACAAACAUAUCUGACAAACAAGUUUUCAGUUGUGUUUUUCAUGCACACGCACGCUCAUGUACACGUACUGGACCUGUAAUGUGUAAAUAAUUGUGAAGAUAUUUUAUUUCCUCUGCCAAUUUUACACUAGUCACUUUGGAUAGUAGCAUACUUGAAGGGGAACAUGAAUGUUUAUAAUGCUUGUUGUUGUUAUUAUUAUUGUUGUUAUUAUUAUUAUUAUUAUUGCCUGUGAACUUUUACCAAGAGCUGUCUAAUGAUGUUUGUAGCACACAGCCAGACUGAUUUUUUUUUUUUUUUUGUAUCGUUGCAUUUAAUUCACUGCAAGUCAUUAGAACACAAACUGCUGCCUUAGAGAGAAUAUUUAGUAAUAAAAAAAAUCUUUUGAUCGUC